UUGUGCUGUCAUAUGCGACGUAAAAGGGAAGGACCUACAGUUCAAGCGGAUACAGAAAGUUGACAUAAAUAAGGAAAUUUAGAGCAAAUAUAUAUUUGAUUAGUUUGAAUUAUAAAUGAUAUCUUUACGUCACACCGCCCAGCUAUCUUGAUGCGGACGCUGGAGGCGGUAAUCUGUCUGUUUGUUUAGCUAGCUGCUAUCGAGCCUCCUGCUCUUCAAACACACCGCCUGCGGGGCGAUGAGUACGGAUCUGUUGUCGGAUUUGGACAGCCGCUUCUUCGCGGAUAACCUGCUGACGAGCGAAGACUGGGAUGCCUGCCUGUUCCAGUGUGAGAGCAUGGAGGAGGGCGAGGACGGGGACUUCGGCCGAGGCUUGAAAUACGACGCAUCGAUGAGGUCCAUGGAGGUUACCGUAGCAACAACAGCACCCCCAACACAGACCCAGAUUGCUGCGGUGACACAGACGCAGCUCCAGGCGCCGCUGACGACGCCGAUCCCGGCGGUCAUCAGCGGGUUACAGACGCAGGCUACAGUCUUGCCGAGCUCGGCCACGUUAAAGGCCAACACCAUCCUGAGCACCAAACCCCCCAUCCAGCCCCGACCCGUGUGCGUCGCCACCCUGCCCGUCCCCCAGACCGCCACGCCGGCCAAGGCGCUCAUACUGCAGGGCCUCCCCUCCAUGGACCAGAGCAGACCUGUCGUCAUCUCUCCGUCCGUCUGCCUCGGCUCCACGCCGGCCAUCGUCAAAAUGGAGCCCGUCUCUCCCAGCAUCCCCCAGCACUGCUCCAGCCCCACGGCCCCGCCCACCAGCAAACCCAUCGUCCCGGCGACCACGACUUUGCCCGGCAACAGCUCGAACGACAUCGAUAUGAAAGUGCUGAAGCGGCAGCAGAGGAUGAUAAAGAACCGCGAGUCGGCCUGCCAGUCGAGGAAGAAGAAGAAGGAGUACCUGCAGAACCUGGAGGCUCAGCUGAGGGAGGCCCAGCAGGAGAACGAACGGCUGCGCAAGGAGAACCAGGCACUGAGGGAGAGACUGGCAGGGCUGGCGGACGAGCUGAGAGGAUGGGUCCAUCGACACCAGAUCGAUCGCAAGAAGUCCGGAAAGCCAAAGAUGGCCAAGAAGGCCAAAGUCGCCCAGCAGAAAGCUCAGCAGAGGAAAACCAACUUCUCCAGAUAUCUGCCGAUCCAGACUCACCGCUCCAUAGAAAGUCAGCUGCAGGUGCUUCCUGGUCCUGAGGUCACCUACAGCGACUUCCUGGACGCCAUCGACCGCAGAGAGGACACGUUCUACGUAGUCUCGUUCAGACGGGAUCACCUCCUGCUUCCGGCCAUCAGCCACAACAAAACCAGCCGGCCCAAGAUGUCCCUGGUGAUGCCGGCCAUGUCUGUAAACGAGAGCCUCUAUAACUCCUCUCAGGGCUACGAGAUGAUGAUGCAGGUCGACUGCGAGGUCAUGGACACUCGGAUCGUCCCCAUCAAGUCGUCCGCCGUCCCCCCCUCGCUCCGAGACCCGCCCCCGCCUCCCCCCUCCUCCCACAGCAGCUCCAACCAUCACCACGGCAACCACACCUCGCUCCGAGGACGCCACCAGCACCACCCCUCCUCUUCGUCUCAGAGGCAGCCUUUACCCGCCCGCCGACGGACAGCUGAAUACUUAAUCAGCCAAUCAGAAGGAGUCUGAAGGUCGGAGGUUAAAGGUCGGAGAAAGACUUGAAGUGUAACCUCACUGUCCCUGCAUCAGGUAACGGUUCCACCUCCAGCAAACAGGAAGCUCCUCUCUGCACACGAGUCGAGCUUCCUGCCGUUUCCCAAAAGGUGAAAAUCCAAGAAAACAAAUUGAACGUGGGGACGUCCCACGAACGCCAACAUGUUUGUAAGAACGACCGCGGCAGAGCGGCGUGCAUGCUGCGUUUUAAUGUUUAACAGCGAGAACGCAGCUUGGAGAAGCUGCUCCAUGAAGCGCCCACAGCCACACCUCUGUCACCGAGUGACACCGGAAACCUCGGCAGACGCGCAGCGCUCUCUGCACACUAAGCUCCGCCUUCUGUACCUCAUAAUUCAGACAGAGGACGAGCUGAGCUUCUUCUUUCACGUGCGAACAGGAAGUCUGUUCUAAUGCUCGACGAGUAAACGUCAGAAAUAAACUUUAGCUGGCACCAACGUGUUUUUCACGUUUUAGUGAGUCGUAAUUAUGAGAUACAGAAGCCCAGAGGAGCUGCAGCGCGUCCCGCAAAGAUGUGACGGCGUCUGUACGGAGCGAGGUGUGGCAUCUAAAAUAUCGCCAGCAAAAAGCCGAACCAAUGAGAUUCCACUGAGUGAAACAAAAGCCGCUCGUUUGGUACUUCUCUGUGGUACAGCAGUGAAAUCGUUUCAGCCGUUGUCUUUAUCGAUGUUUUGUUUUUUAUGCUUGUUUUGGUUAUUUAAUAGUUGUAAAUAUGAGUGUAGAUAUUUUGUCACCUUUUUACUUUUUCUAAUUUUUGUUUUUUCACAACAAAAAGUAAAAAAACAAACAAAAAUAUUUUGUAUUUGUCGGACUCUGUGCCGGUAAUCUGAACUCGGGAUUUAUCUGAUCUAAAAUAUUUAUGGAUAUAUAUAUAUGCAGAUUUUUGAUCUUUAUUAUUGUACAGAAUUAACGUGUAGAAAACUUCAUACAAUUUGUUUUAUUGUGAAAAAUUCUGCUCACUUCCUGUCCUUUUUUUUUUUUUUUUUAGUUUAGACUAACAGAGCAGCUUUGCAUGAUCCACAGUUCAUAAUAAUCCUUCUUUAUCUGAUUCGGGGCCAGUUUAUCCUCUGUGUGGGGGAAAAAAAGCUGCUUUGGCCACUCCCCUUUAACCUUUCUUUUGAAUUUUGGGUGGGGCUUCUGUGGCUGAGAUGACCAUAUUAGGGAAGCUUUCUUUGUGACAUCAUCCAGAGCCACAAGGAGAAAAAAACUGCUGAAAUUUUCCAUUUGAGCUCCUGGAUCAUAGGACGAUUGUCCAUUAGUGCACAUAUGCUUGUGUUUACCACGAGCACGGAGGGCGGGGCAACCCCCAAAUGUACAGAAUAGCUCCGCCCCGCUGAGCCGACGGUGUGAUUUGUUUUUGAUGUACAAAAUUUUCAAUCAUGUUUAAAAAGUUUAAAGCGAAGUUUCACCCAUCAGGGUCACGUUUGCUCAGCAUUGUGGGAAAUGAAGUGUCUGCAGCCUUUCUUACAGCGAACAUGUGUUAAUGUUGUUUCACUUCCUGGUGUUUUCCUUUCAUACUGAUGUUACUCUUCAUGUGUGCAGAGAGGAACGUGGAGGAUAUGAAGGUAAACUUUUCCUUUUAAUGGUGGUUUGAGUUUUAAAACACAGCAGAAAAACGAGAUUUGUCAGCUGCUCGUUGGUUCUUUCACACACAGUCGGCUCAUGUUUCACUUCCUGGUUUCUGAAAACGCACUGAAAGCUGUUACUGAACCUUGUUGAUCAGCUGACAUUAUGACAUCAUGCAUUUAGAGAUAAAUCCUCAGGAAAAGUUCUGGUUUGUGUCUGUUCAUCACAAGAAUGGCGUCUGAAUGUGGUUCAAACGUAGUUUUACUCAAAACUCCGACCUUUGACCCGCUUUAAGAGCCACGUCUGCUCUGCAGCCUGUUCGUGUACAAACCAGAUUGUGAGCUCGCUGAAGCUGCACAUAUGAAAAUGUAAACUGUCCUUUUUUAUUUAAAUGGAAUAAAAUCAUGAAUGUGUAAAUAUUU